UAAAUACCUUUUGGACACAGAUAAGUUUUAAUCACUUACACAACAUGUUCAGUUUAGUAACUUUCUUGUUUCUCUCCAGCUCUUUUCUGUUCUCUGGAUCACAAGGGGACACAUGUUGUGCAGCUAAUCCAAAAAAUAAUUAUUAUUUAGGAGACAAACAGGUAAAUUGGCCUAACGCUGUGCUAGCAUGCCAACUCGUUGGAAUGAGAUUAGUAAGUAUCCAGAGUCAAGCUAAGAAUGAGGAAAUCUCUGCUUUUAUUCGAACCUCAGGAGUGAAGAAUAUAGGAAUCAAUAACGCCAUAUGGAUUUCAGGAAAUAGACGCCAGGACAAAGUUCAUUGGGUUUGGUUAACUCAAGAAGCUCUUGUGUACACUAGUUGGGACCUGGUCUUUCAUGAACCAAACAAUGCUACUGGGGACGAAGAAUGCGUGAGCAUAAUAAGUAAUAAUGGAACAGUUACUACUUGGAACGAUAUCGCUUGUAAUCGCUUGUUUUAUCCUCUAUGCGAGAAACAGAUCUGUUGUUCUGGUUGCAAUUGUGGCUGUUCUUAAUUUAAUUGUUUCAUUUAAGCAAUUUUACAGCAAUAUAAAUUACUUUUGUUAUUUAUGUAAUACAUAAUAAUAACGGUAUAAUUAUAAUAAAACCGAUCCUACACAU